GGAAGUGAAGACAGGAAGUAGAUGCUGCGUUCGUGUUUAAGAAGCAGCGCGUCGGAGACUUUGACAGUCGAGAGCGUGAAACCAAGAGAGGAACACGAUGGCUGAAUUCAGAUGGAUUGUGAUGUCUUCAUUUCUGAUGCUGCAGGUGUUGAGCUUUAGAGCAGCAGUUGUGGAACCUUCAUCCUUCACUGUCAGAGAUGGAGAUGAAGUCACUUUGCCUUUUAAGAAUGUGACACAUGAUCAGGAUGAGUGUGACUCUAUUACGUGGCUCUUCACUGGUUCAGGAAAUACAGUACCGCUGUUUGAAGAUGGGAAGAUUGUUGAAGCAGAAGCUAAAUCAGACAGACUGAGUGUUUCAGAGAAAUGUUCUCUGGUUAUGAAGAAUGUCACAUAUAAAGAUGGUGGUGAAUAUGUCUGCAGACAGUUCAGAUCAGGAAAACAAGAAGGUGAAGACGUGUUUCAUCUGGCUGUUGUCACCAUGACUGAACAGAAGAACAAUGAUGAGGUGACGUUGAGCUGCUCUGUGUCGACAUAUAGAGGAUGUAGACACAGAGUGAAGUGGCUUUAUGAGGGUGAUCAGUAUGAUGAGAUGACACCACAAUAUAUCUGUUCAGCCAGGUUGAGGAUUAAAAAAUCUCACCUUGAUCAGAAGUCAAAGUCUUUAUUGAAAUGUGAAGUGACUGAUAGGUCCACUGGAGAAGUGCAUCAGUUCACCUUCAGCCCUCCUCAGUCCUCAGGAGUGAUGAACAACGAAACAUCUGAAAACAACUCGAAUGAGAAGAAACCAGAAGGCUGGUGGAGGUUGAUCGUUGUUCCUGUGGGUUUAGCAGCACUUAUAAUAAGUGUUGUUACAGUCAACAUAUGGACAAGAACUACAGGAAACAAAACUCUGAUAGAAGAAAACAUUGAGCGUGAUGAUGAAGAUGAAGAUGACGGUACGGUGAACUAUGAAAACGCUGGAGACCCUUCUGCCUCCGUCUCACUGGACUGAUGAACAACAUCAACCCACCAGAGUCCACUGCUGUUAAACAUCCAGACAUCCUAGUCCAUGACUAAAGAAUCAUUCAGAUGUUCUCUGUUGUUGAGGUAUCCACCAUGAAUGUCCGAGACACACCACACCCUAAGAACCUCUCUCUAUAUUUUUGUAUUAAAAUAAUUGAUACACAAAUUGAUUAAUCGACUUAUGGAAAUGGUAGAUUAAAUGAAGACGUGCAACAAGGGGAAACUGUAGUUUUGCUGCAUGCAGGUGAACUUUGAUGCUAUCUAACACCUGUCUGCCUUUGGAGGGAGGGGCUGGACACCAAGAAGCGUUAAGGCAGCAUCCUGUGGUUUGAGCACCUUGCUGACUCGUAUACAAAGAAGUCCUCGAGGCGUAGUUUCACACCUAACGGACAAGUAGUGGGCCAUGACCCCUGUGGCAACAAGAGGUCCUAUCUCACGGUGUUAUUUUUGUUUCAUACAAGAUUGCUUAUUCUCUUAUAUUUUCCAUUGUCUAUGAUGAGUUACGAUCUAUUGUUUAUUAUCAAGCAAAUAAUGUAGCAGGAAAAGCGUUAAACUUAAAAACUAGGUCUGUGGAGGUAAUAAGACUAUGAGAAGUGUCUUGUCCAAUGAUUUAAGAAUGAUCUGUUGUCUACAUUAUAUGGACCCGGAGGUUGCAGAAAGCGUGAGGGAGAAGGGUACAAAUAUGGGGAGACAACAAAGGAUCGGGGCUGCGGAGGCUGAAAGGUCUCUGCCUCUUUUGGGGUCUUUGGGUAAACUUGGUCCCUUGUGAACAUAGUGCUUUUGACAUUUUACAUGAUCUUUUAUUUCCAUUUUUAUUAUUCAU